CUUGUCCCCCACCAUGAUGAGCGUCCGUCGCACUAUUCCCCGCCGCGUUCACCUACGUGGAUUCUCUAAAACGAAUGCGAUGGUCCGGCAGCUAGGAGUCAGCUGAAGUCAUACUACAGUACCGCCACGCAUGCACAGGCGCUGUAGCACGCGUCAUGCGCCGCCACGCAUGUGCGCACUGCGCGCGGUUAUCAGCCCAGUAUCGGCGGAGGGCCGCCCUUACUUCCUCCUCCAUUCGGCUCCACCCUCCCUCCGCCGCGGACAGGAUACCAUCUGUACUUGACCAGCGCUUCGAUCUCUCUGCAAGCUACCUAUCGUCCUCGACUAGCACUUGGCACAUCUUGCGAUCCUGCAUCCAUAUUCUGUCACCCCUACCCUUAUCCACCAUCCUCACUCCUACCAUGUCCGAUAAACGCCUGAAGGACGCCUCCCCCGCGGAGCUCGUCCGCGAUCUUGCGCUCUCGACCUCUGGAACGGCCGCGAGGAUCGAGGAACUCUGCGUGUAUCGGGUAGAGGAAGCCAAAACCAAGGGCACGGAUGCACCUGCUAGCGAAGGCGACGCGAAGGAUACGCCCGGCCUGGAGACCUUCCUCUACGAGCUUUGGUCAGAGGUCGUGAAGAUGGCGCAGGAGGACGACAUGUACCACGCGCGGCUGCUCGAGAUUCUCGCUGAGUUGAAGAAGACGGAGAAUGCUGAGCUGAAGAAGACGGAGAGGAACUGGCGCGUCUGGGGUGCGCCCGCCAGCCUGAGCGAGCUCUCGACCUUUGGUGCGGUCGCGAGAGAUGCCUUCGAAGCGCCCAAAGUUGAGCUCGAUGGCAAGGUCAUCCGUACUACGCCCGAAGAUGCGCCACUCUUUGCGUCCGAUGCGAGAGACGACGCCGACGCGCGGACGCUUGCGUUCACCGCGGCGCGGCAGCGCUUCCUCCGUCUGCAUCGCUUCCUCGCAUGCGUGUGGGCCGCCGGGCUUUGGCCAUUCCACGACCUGGCGCUGUGGACGAUGCGCGACGCGCUUGAGUACGGGCCCGACCACUCCAGUUAUAAGCGCGUCCCGCGCGCGCUGAAGGUGGAAGCGGCAGCGCAGUGGGCGGUGCACGCGGGGCGGCAGAUGUACGAGUGCAAGGAGAUCAUGGGGCCGAAGGGGAAUGCGAAUUGGCCGGCGAACGCGGGGGCGCCUGGGCGAGGCGGUGACAAGUGGGACGGGGUGGACGGGUAUGAUGCGGGGCGGUGGCGGCUGUGGCGGGAGGAGUUUGGGCGUAUUGCGGAAUCGGAUGGGGAGCUGGAGAAUGUGCGGAGCGCGGCGAAGGAGGCAGCGGAGGCGAUGCGGAAGGUGGAGGAGGCGAGUGGAUAGACGACGUAUAUUCGCCCCGGAUCUGAGCAAAGUUGAGCUUGAUUUGUUGUA